UUUCAUUUCAAAUCAUACUUUCAUUUCAUUACAUACUACGUAUUUCGCUACUUGUUAUUAUCUUCUUUGUAUUAUCUACUGCUCCCCUUGAGCAUUAGUUGUCUCUUCACUCUUCAGUACUAUAACUACACCGCGCAAUUUUAUUUCUACCUAAAGUGACUUUCACUAUUAUUCUCUUUGCUAGUUUUUAAAUUUUUCUUCUCUAUUCAUCAUCGUCUGUUUUGUUUACGAAGCAUUAUCUAUCACUCACAAGUGAUAAAUUAUUCUGUAUUUCUUUCUUUUGAGAUACAUACAUAUAUAUAUAGUUCGUUUUAGUAUUGAAGGAAAAUUAUCAACAAGUUUCUGGGGCCGAAGAUCCUGAUUCGGGAGAGGAGAGGAUGAUUGUUGAAGAUUUUGAGCAGAUUCGUGUUGAUAACGUGUUGUGAAAUGAAGAAGAUGAAGACUUAAAUAAAGAGAUAGAUAUAUUGAUAAAAACUUCUGAAUUACUUCUUCUAAAUAUCUGAAAGUUUAUGAGUUUCUGAAUGAAUUUACAAGGCUUCAUCAAACUCCUAUUUAUAGUGUUUGAGCUUCAUGAUUAGUCACCUAAAUGAUGAGUCUACAUUCAAGGUAUGUUCUACCAUUUUCCUAGGAACCAGGCUAUACUAUUGGAAAGAAGAGGUGGAAUGAAUACAUUCAAGGUAUGUUUUAAAAAUCAAUUAUGUUGUUCUCAUUUAAAUUUUGUUGGUUGCCAAUAUAACAAUUCUCCAACAAUUGAUGUUAUGGAAAAUAAAUUAUCAUCUUUUUGUGGAGUAUAAGCAAAAACCGUUGUUGAUCAUUAAGCAGUGGUAAGGGUAAAUUUUAGCUAGAUUUAAAACAAAUUCCUUAUUGUACAUGACCAAAGUUUAGUAUAGCUUCCAUACGGCAAUACCCUGGAAUAACAUGUUUAAGUCUAAAUUUUGUUUGAAAUAUUGAUGUUGAAAUUCAUGAAGCAAUGAUUAUACAAUACUCCAAACAAAUGAGGAAAACAGAGAGUAUGAUUAAAUUAAAAAGACCAAAUCUCCAUAUAAUAAAAAACACCAAUUAUGAGGUUAAAAAAACAACGAACCUCAUACAAAGUCCUCUAAGCCUCAUACAUUAUAUUUAUCUUUUAACUAUUGCCAAAAAAGGAACUGAUAGAUUUAGAACUAUCAAUAUUAAAUUAAUAAAAGGUUUAAAUAUUUUUUUGGUCUUUGCGAAUAUAAUGCAUUUUUUACAUCCUUGCUAAAUUUUUUUGUCCCUACCAUUUAUGUUGGUUUUGUUUUUAGUCUUCUACACCACCUAUGACAUUUUUUAUACAAAAAAGGAAAAAUUGACAAGAAUAAUCCCACCUUUCACUGGUCUUCUCAUAAUAAUCCCAACUUUAAAUAAUCCCAAAAUAAUCCCACCUUUGAACCUCAUCUUCUUUCAUUGGACCCUGACCAUGUUUUUUACUCUUUCUUUGAAAAUUAUAAAAACAAUCUCACCUUUCACUUUUUAAUUAUAUCAUUAUAAAUGUGAGAUUAUUUGUAUAAGAUUUUUAAAAAAGGUAAAAAACUUGGUCAGGGUCUAAUGAAAGAAGAUGAGGUGCAAAGGUGGGAUUAUUUUAGAAUUAUUUAAAGGUGAGAUUAUUAUAAGAAGACCAGUGAAAGGUGAGAUUAUUCUUGUCAAUUUUUCCUACAAAAAAUGACACUUCUUUUCACCAAUUGGAGGUGGUGAAGAUGGGAGGCGGUAGAGGCGGUGGGAAAGGCAUCCGCAAUUUUUAUGGUUUUUCACUAAUUAUAAUUUUUUCUUUUCAAUUAUUUUUAAAAAAAUAUUUUAUAAAGAAUUCUUUAAAAUCUUAAAAAUUAAUAAACUAGUAUGAGAUUUGAACCUGUGGGCACAUCAGUAGGUAUUUGACAUGUGACACAAUUGAUUAUUAUCAUUGGCUCUUGGUGGAUCAAACAAUUCACACUUGACGUGGUUAUUUCACACAAUGUGACUAUGUUAAGUAAUAACAGUACGUAGUAUUAAAGCAUAGGCCAGGUAAGCACUACUAAUAUUAAAGAAAAUGAUACUCCGGCCAUAGUGGUACUUAUGGCAGCAGAAAGACACUUAUAUAGUAACAAGUUCAAUUAUAUAAACACUGCAUUACAUACAUACAUAAUCACAUAACCUCGCUCAUGAAAAUCAGACUAAGAUCCUUGCUCAUCUAAAUUCUUCUUCAUUUUGAUUCUUCUUCUUUGGCUAGUUAAUGUUAACGGGAUAACUUCCUCCCUGAAGAGAGCACUCUCCGAUUUCAGUGCAUCAGAACUCCAAGUACUGGACAUAGCAAGAAAAAUGCCAGCGGGAGUUGUUCAGUUCCCUGUACAAGGAACACAUGACCAUUUCCUUGCUGGGUAAUGCUACGUUUAUGAAUUAUGAAACUCUGUUUUACAUUAUUCAAAUCUCAAAUUUACUGCAGAUAGGGGCGGAGGGAGGGGUGGCUUGGCUGGCUCAUGGUCCAGGGCAAUUUUUUUUCUUAUAUAUAUAUAUAUACGUAUAUAGUUUCAAAAUUGGCCCGGUGCAAGAAAAAUGUUGGCCCAACCAUUCUGGCCCAGUGCAAAAAGCUCAUCUAAACAGCAGCAAGACAGAGACGGACAUUCAUCACGCAUGAAGCAGGAGUUCAGACCAGUCGCAUCGCCGAUUCGCCGCCACUCCGCCGCUCUCAUCGCUGGAGGCCGGACGCCCACCCUUUUUUGCUCGCCGGAUGCUCUCUCGAGGACUCCAGUCUCAAGAUUCAACACCCAGCCAUUCGGCCAAGCUGCCAAGGUAAGGGACUAAGGGUUUCAGUUUUUUUUGUUGGUUUUUACAUUUUUAGUUUAAUUUAAGUAUCUUAUUUGUUAUUUUAAUUUGUGUUUGUAGAUAAUUUCAAUCCUGAAAAAAUGUAUAAAUUCUACCUUGGUACACAUGGCAUCAGAUUUAGGGUAUGUUUGCAAAAAAAUUAAAAGGGAGGGAUUUUCAGCUUUUGGAUUAAAAAAUUGAAAACAAGUGACAAUUUUUUUACUCAAAUUAAAUACUUAAAAGCUAAAAUCUGUUUUUUUAAUUAUUCUAUUAUUCAAAAAGCACAUAUUUUACCAAACACUAUCAACUUUUACUUUUCAAAAUCAUUUUUUUCUUCAAACAGUAUAAACUUUUACAGUUAAUCACUUUUUUCAAAAUCAUUUCCUAAUACAGAAAUAUAUUUAUUUUCUUAUUUUCUUGUGCAAGAUACUGGAAUAUUCUUGAGCACCUUCGAUUCCUCUCCUGUUUUUGCUUAUCAAUAAAAUGUAAGAUAGUUCAUUUGAUUGUGAUCAAAUGCACCAAACAUAGCAUAAUGAUAUAUAGGCCUUUUCCAUGAAUAUUACUUAAUGAAAUUUAAAAGACAAAAAUAUGAUAUAUUUCAAAAAGUAACACAUUCAAUAACUAGUUUUUAGUAACUCAUCAUCUAUCAAAUACUUGUCACUCUGAAAUAUAUACACUAUAGUGGUUCUUCUCCUGUCAUACACAGUAACUAGUCAUUUUUUUGUCAAAAAACAUACUCCCUCCGGUUCUAAAUAAACUUCACACUUUCCUUUUUGGGACGGUCCAAAAUAAACUUCACACUUCCUUAUUUCCUUAUUUGGCAAAGAAACCUACACCAAAACAGUUUUAAACAGUGCCAAACAGUGCCAAGCAAUGUCUCAACAGUGCCAAACAUUGUCUCAACAGUGUACUCUACAAUAAAGUCAACUUUAUUUCCUUAAUAACUGUGAAGUCAAACACUGAAGUUUAAAAAGAUCCGGAGAGAGUACUAGACAUAUUUUUGUUUCGGAAACUGUUAGUAAUAUACAUGUCAUUUUUUUAAUGGUAUACAUACGGUAUGAAAGUUUCCAAUACGCACCAUGAGAACAUAUAGGAUACAGUAAAUACAUGUUUCAUUAAAGUAUUGGUAUAGAGUUGAUCGAAUAGAACUGGCGUUACGUUCUUCCUUAAAGCAUCAAGGUUCUUGAAUCCUUUAUAUAGAUAGUAUAUACUUAAUUUAGGACUCCAAUUCCAUAGUGUACAUAGUGUACUAUGACUAUGCUAUAAUAACAUAGUGUGAUACUGUGAUAGUGACAUGUUUUUAUAUCUUGAUAGAACUUUCAUUGGUUGUUUGAUUUCCACCAUAAACGUAGUCUUUUGAUUUUCAGUUCCCAAAACUUUAGGUUUGCUAUUAACAAAUAAAUUGAAAUGUGAGUGAGCUAAAAACUCUGAUGUCAAAUACCUUGUGGUCUGAUGAUAUUACUGUGACACUUCUAAAGAGGAUGUCACAGGUUCGAAUCUCAUCUCAAUUCAAGGAUCUUGGCCUUACCAGAACAUAUACUAUAAUAGGUUUGAAAACUUUGCCCAAAAAAAACUCUAUAUUGGUAUGCUUUCCAUAACCGGGAUAUUCUAGCAGUAAACAUCUCUUUGCAAUUACAACAUUUCAUAGAUAUGGUGAUGGGACAUCAGGUUAUUUUGUAGUUGACAAUAUCCAUUUGGAUAUCGUUAGGGAGAGUUCUUGCUUCUAGCAUAGUUCCUAUCGUUUUUGGGUGAGUCUCUUUGGCCAAUGUAAUAAGUCUAAAUGUUUGAAAUUGGAAUAUUACCUUCCAAUUGAUAGUAUUUUAAUUUGUAAUGAUCUGGAUCAACGACUGCUUUUUAUCUGCAAAUUAAGCAUGCUACUUUAUUAAGGAUCAGUAAUGCAGUUUAGUGAGGAAAAACAAACUCUCAGCAAAGAUCAAGGAAUACAAUAAAUACAUUCCAGAAAAAUAAUAAAGUGUCGCUAAAUAUAAAAUAUUACUGAAUGCAACAAGUAAUGGGAAAUUCUAUAAAGCCAGAACAAGAAAUUAAUCAUAAAACAGUCCUAAUGAUUAUUGUUAAUAAUACUCCCCCUCCUCCUCCUUGGUCCCAAAAUUGGUCGAAAGGAGGAGUAAAAUAUAGCUACUCACAUCCUCAUACUGAACUAAUUGCAGUACAUAAGUUAAGUAGUUCACAUGUCCUUAUCUAGAGAAGUAUAAUGACACGACUAAUGCUAUAAAUAUAGAUACUAUGAAAACUAUUAUUAUUAUUGUAUUGAUAGCUGUUGUGCCUAUCUUGAAGGGGGAGUUGGUGUUAUUGACUGCAAUGAAAACCUUCAUUGGUUUGGAACCUCUAAAGGUAAAACUUAGAGAGUUCUAAGAAUUACUUCUAAAAUGCUUCUAUUUUCUUUAAAUAGAAUCUUACAAUCAAACUGGGUCCACCCAACCCUUUGAUUUGCUAAGUCAUAUGUAAUCACCUUGUUCUUCAUUACAAGCUCUGCAAAGAAAAACAGAACAAACAUCGUAAGAAAAAAAAUGAAUGGCCUGCCAUACUAAAAUGCAGGGAGAAUAUGAGAAGUGUUUAAAAGUUUAAAUUGAACACAGUGCAUUAAGAAGCAUUUUUGUAGUUACUACCAAUGAAAAAUAUGUAUUCCUUAUUUCAUACUACGUAAUACAUUAACACAAAAAUUCAACAUAAAUAUAAAAUAUUUUAAACUCUUUCAACUAAUCAAAACAAACACUGAAGUAGGUAUCUAACUAACCAUAAAGAAAAAUAUUUUACCUCCUAAAAUUUGCUCUCGAGGGUAUCAAGAUUGCAAAAUUCCCAAGCACCAAACUGUGUUUCCACCCUACAUCAUGUGCAAACAGCGUAAGUAUGAUCACAGUCGUAGAUAAAUUUUGUGAUGAUCAAGUCAUCAUAAUGCACAUAAGAAAUUACUGACUUUCAGAAGUAGUUUCACGUAGGAAGUAUUCUUGCGGCUUCAAAUCCAUCAAAGCACCUCCAUUAAAAUUUAGUGCAAUAUCUGGAAAUACAUCAAGCACACUUGAUGCAAGAAUAGAAAUAUUGUCAUAUUAAAAGGCCUUCAAAUUUAAAGCUAAUACAUUAGUAUUGAACUAAGGUUUAGGUAACAUGAAAAAUAUGACACAACAGUUUAAAUGGGCACCUUGAUGUUGUUUGAUAACAAUGCUUGUCUUGAUUAAGUAUUAGGUUUGCAAAUGUUGAAACAAUUUGGUAGAACUGUGUAAAGAAGAAACUAAUGUUAGAGUGCAUUCAUUUGAUUGACUAAUCAUCAUAUAUCAACCUCAGUUUUGCAUCUAAUAAAUUAAUAAGUUGGAUCUAAGCAUACCCCAUUCAUGAAUGGGGAAAAGCCUUAGCUUCCUUUGUGAGAUACACGAAGGUUGUUCCGGAAUCUAAUAUUGUGUCAACAUUGACUAAUACGUGUGAAUCAAUUUGGCCUGCAUCCCACCAAUGUGGACACUUUCAAGAUUGAUGUUGUAUCGUUGGCUGAAAUUAGAGAGAAAAAGUGCUUGUUAUAUAGGUAUAUACACAGAUUUCUCAUAAUAUAGCUUUACUGAAAAUGACACGUGUUACAAUAAAAUGUCAUUUGAGACAAAAGUAAAUAUUCAUUAGGGGUUGAGUAAUACUCUUAAUAGUGUACUACUCAUUUGAGGUUGGGUAGCAUCACUCUUAAAUAGCAUGUGAAACAAGAAAAAUAUAAUAUAUAAAGGUAAUAAUGAACAUUUUGUACACAUUAGAGAAAACAAUGAGUGCAUGUUUUAAUCUUAGAAGAACAUCUAGCUUAUGAAAUUGUAGAAACUGAAUACAUACUUGUGUGGAGCGAGGGGAGUCCACAUGAGAUUCAACCUGGCGGCCACAUCAAGUAUUAAAAAAAACUGCUCUCUCCAUCUUUUAGGCAAUGGGAGAAUAAUACUCGUGGGACAAUACCUUCGGAUGAAAGCUGUGAGAUUAUGAAUAUAUCAUUUCUAUUAAACCCGAAGAUCUUAUCAAGUGCUAGGUUUCUUUGUGCCAAAUAUCCGAUUUGACAAGUACUACACUUGUCAUAUCACAACAUAAAAUGUAAACAAAACACUACCAAUUGAAAAGUAACAUCCAAAUAUCGAAAUUUAUUGGUUAUACGUAAAACUAUAAAAGAGUCACCCAAAUAGAAUGUGAAUCACACUUAAAGCAGAUUUUUUUACCAUUAAUCACAUUCAAAUGAAUGUUGUCAGCAAUGUAGUAACCUGAUGUCUCCCCACUAUCUCCAUAUGAAAUGUUGUAUUUGCAUAAAUUAUUACUACUUGAACAUCCAGGGUUGUGGGAAACACACCUUCGAUCCGAGCAUUGGAUAAACGAAGAUGUAGAAGAGCCUUGCGGGUGCAAGAAUUGAAGGUGGAACUGUAAAAGGAAUAGGUUAGUCAAAUUUUAAUUUAGUCUUAACAAUAAACUUAAAUUCUGGGAAAUUGAAAAAAACAACGACUGCAAUUAUACUGGAAAUCCGCUAGAUAGUGGACAACCAUUGCACGAUGCACAACUGACCCACGAAAUUUCACUGUCAGUGUCUAUCUGGACGUGGAAUUCCAAUGACGGUUAACCCAAUAAAACUCGAGUGUAGUGAAGUCUGAAGCAAAAUAACAAGAUUGGUAGAGUGAAUUUGCUAAACUGAACGAAAAUAAGAUCAACACUAAAACAAGGGAUCAGGGAUUAUAGUCUUAGCAAAUUCAUUGUACCCAUCUUGUUAUUUUGCUUCAAACUUCACUACACUCUAGUUUUAUUGGGUUCACCGCCAUUCAAAUUUUACGUCCAGAUAAACACCGAUAGUGAAAUUUCGUGGGUCAGUUGUGCAUCGUGCAAUGGAUGUCCACUAUCUAGCGGAUUUCCGGUAUAAUUGUGGUCAUUUUAUUUCCAGCUUUCCAGAAUUUAACUUUGUUGUUAACAUUAAAUUAAAUGUGACUGACCUAAAUUCCUUUUUACAAUUCCACAUCUAAUUCUUCAACCCGCAAGGCUCUUCUACAUCUUCGUUUAUCCCAUGCUCGGAUCAUCGAUUUGCUUCCCACAACCCUGGAUGUUUAAGCAGUAACAAUCUAUGCAAAUACAACAUUUCAUAUGGAGAUGGUGGGGAGACAUCAGGUUACUACAUUGCUGACAACAUCCAUUUGGAUAUCAUUGAUAGUAAUAAUUAUGCUUCAAGUGUGGUUUCCAUUGUAUUUGGGUGAAUCUUUUAUAGUUUUAUGUAUAAUUAAUAAAUUUCAAUAUUUGGAUGUUACUUUUCAAUUGGUAGUGUUUUGUUUACUGUGUAAGUUGUGAUAACAUGUGUAGUACUUAUCAGCUCGGUUAUUUGACACAAAGAAACAUAACACUUGAUGGGAUCUUCAGGUUCAAUAGAAAUAAGAUAUCCAUUAUCUCACAGCUUUCAUCCGAAAGUGUUAUCCCACGAGUAUUCUCCCAUUGCCUAAAAGAUGGAGAGGACAAUUUUUUUGUGCUUGGUGAGGCAAUCGGGUUGAAUCUCAUAUGGACUCCCCUCGCUCCACACGCGUAUAUAUCCAGUUCCUUCAAUUACAUAAGCUACAUGUUUUUCUUAGAUUCAAACAUGCACUCAUGGUUUAUCCUCAUGUGUACAAAAUGUUCAUUGUCACCUAUAUACUAUGUAUAUUAUAUUUUUCCUAUGAAACAGGCUAUUAAGAAUGAUACCCAACCUCAAAUGAGUAGCACACUAUUAAAAGUAUUACUCGACCUCUAAUGAAUGUUUACUUUUGUCUACAUGACAUUUUAUUGUAGCACAUGUCCUUUCCAGUAGAGCUAGAUUAUGAGAAAUCUAUGUAUACCUUAUGUAUAACAAGGAUUAUUUUUCUCUAAUUUCAGUCAACAAUACAACAUCAAUUUUCAAAGUUUCCACAUUGGUGGGUACAGAUCCAAAUUGAUCCGCAUGUAUUUGUGAAUCUUGACACAAUACUAAAUUCUGCAUACAACCUUUGUAUUUCUCACAAGUGAAGCCUUUUCCCCAUUCAUGAAUGGGGUACAUUUUGUCCCAACUUAUUCAUUUAUUAGAUGCAAAACUGAGGUUGAUAUAUGAUGACUAGUCAAUAUAAUGAAUGCAUAUUAACAUUAGUUUCCUAUUCACACAAUUCUACCAAAUUGUUUCAACAUUUGCAAACCUAACCCUUAAUCAAGACCAUCAUUGUUAUCAAACAUCAUCAAGGUACCCCUUUAAACUUCUGUGUCAUAUUUUCCAUGUUACCUUACUUCCAUACAAAUGUAUUAGCUUUGAGGGCCAAUGAAUCUGACCAUAUUUCUAUUCUUGCAUCAAGUGUGUUUGAUGUAUUUCUACAUAUUGCAUUUAAUUUUAAUGGAGGUGCUUCGAUGAAUUUGAAGCCACAAGAGUACAUCCUACGUGAAACUACUACUGUAAGUUAGUAAUUUCUCAGGUGCAUUAUGAUGAAUCAAUCAUCACAAAAUUUGUCUACUUGUUAUCAUACUACGCUGUCUUAGACAUGAUGUAGGGUGGAGACACAGUCUGGUGCUUGGGAAUUUUACAAUCUGGAUACCAUCAUGAGCAAAUUUUAGGAGGUAAAGUAUUUUUAUUUAUGAUUAGUUAGACACCUACUUUAGUGUUCGUUUAAUUGAAAGCGUUAAAAAUGUUUUAACUUUUAUGUCUGCAUUUUGUGUGUUAAUGUAUUAUGAAAUAAUGAAUACAUAUUUUUUAUUGAUAUUAACUACAAAAAUAUUUUUCAUUAGUGCAUUGUGUUCAAUUUAAACUUUUAGACAAUUCUUAUUGUCUUCAUGCAUUUAGUAUGGCAGGCCAUUCAUUUUUGUUUAUGGUGUGCGUUCUAUUUUUCUUUGCAGAGCUUGUAAUGAAGAACAAGGUGAUUACAUAUGACUUGCCAAAUCAAAAGGUUGUGUAGACCUAGUUUGAUUGUAAGAUUAUAUUCAAAGAAAAUAGAAGCAUUUUAGAAGUAAUUCUUAUAACUUUUACUAUUAGAGGUUCCAAACCAAUAAAGGUUUCCACGGCGGUCAACAACACCAAUAAAGGUUUCAAGAUACGCGAAAGAGGCAUAAAUACAUCAAUAAUAGUUUUCAUAGUAUCCGUGUUUAUAAUAUUAGUAGUAUCAUUAUAUUUCUCUCGAUAAGGACAUGUGAGCUAGCUACUUAACUUAUGCACUACAAUUAGUUCAGUAUGAGGCUGUGAAUAGCUAUGUUUUACUUCUCCAUCCGACCAAUUUUGGGAUCGGGGGGGGGGGGGGGGGGGUAUUAUUAACAAUAAUCAUCAAGACUGUUUUAUGUACCAAAAUAUUAACAUUUUAAAAGUUAACUAAUGUUCAUAGCAAGUUAUCUAUCACAUAAAAAACUAAAAGCUAAGGAGCAUUAGAUUUUAAUUAAGUUUAGCAAAAGAAGAAAUUAACAUUUGAAACAAAGCAAAAGAAGAAUUAUUCAAAAUUAUGUGUCUCGAUGUGGGAUACUCAUAUGCAAAUGUAGAGAGAGUGAGAUACAAACCUAAGCUAGUAAAUAUUUAUGUUAAAUCUUAUUUUUAAUUAAAAAAAAUCGGCUUGAGAAAGUAAAAACAUACUAUUUUUAUUUUUUUGAGAUAGCACUGCAAACUAUUCACAUGCUAAAAACUAUAUAGUUAUUACAAACGGGACAGUUCGGGAUAACCCGGAACGGGGCAACGGGAUUCUUGCCCACCCCUAGUUCCGCCUUUAUAGAAUUUUCCAUUACUUAGUUGCAUUAAGUAAUAUUCUAUCUUUAUCAAUGCUUUAUUAUUUUUCUCUAAUGUAUUUAUUGUAUCCCUUGUUCUUUAUUGUAAGAUAUUUUUCCUCGCUAAACUGCCUUAUUCCUCACUACAUCCAUCCACCGAAAUUGACAAGUGCUAAUCAGGUUAUUUAAGUACAUGGAUAUUUAUCCAGAUCAUUACAAAUUAAAAUACUAUCAACUGAAAGGUAAUAUUCCAAUUUCAAAUAUCUAGACUUAAUACAAUGGCCAAAGAGACUCACCAAAAAAUGAUGGGAACUAUGCAAGAAGCAGAAGAACCUGCAUUGAUGAUAUCCAAAUGGAUUUUGUCAGCUACGAAAUAACCUGAUGUCCCACCACCAUAUCUAUAUGACAUGUUGGAAUUCAGAGAUUAUUACUGCUAGAACAUCCAGGUUACGGAAAGCAUACCAAUUAUCGAAUCCAACAUGGGAUCAACAAAGAUGUUGAGGAGCUUUGCGGAUUAAAAAAUUCAAGAUGGAUGUGUAAUAAAGAGUUUAGCUUACUCACAUUCUAAUUUAUUGUUAAUGGCAAACCUAAAUAAAUAUAGAAAUUUUGAAAGCGAUAAUUGUCAUAACAUUAAUUAUUUAUUGAAGUUUUUAAUGGGUUGUAAUCAAGUUCGGAUAAAGAAAACUACAUGUUGCCCAUAUCUAUUAAAAAAGGUGUAGAAUUGGAUUUGAGUCCAACUCGAUCCGUUGAAAGUCUCACACAUUAAAAGAUAUAAUAAAAUAAAUACAUCUCGUGAAAUGCACGGGUGGAAUACUAGUUAUCUAAUAAAAGGAGUUGAAGAAGCAUGGGGGUUGUUCAAAAGCGGCUGUUGAACUUUUCCUCUUCCACAAUAAAGAUUAUAACUUUGAUCCCAAAUAUCAAAAUAUCUUAGUGAUACACAAUGAUUAAUAUGAAACAAAUUGAAUUAAAUUAUUUAGUUAUUCAAUACCUUGAGCAAAACCAAAUUUUGUAGUACUUCCUUUAGUAUAGGGUGGCUCUUCGGUAAUCCUUUUAGUGUAAAACUUAAGAGAGGGCUUCGGCAAGGUGACCCCAUGUCCCCCCUCCUCUUUGUUAUUUGCCUUGAGUACUUCUCGAUACUCCUUCACAAUAGAACCAAGGUUCCCUCUUUUAAGUUCCACCCGAAAUGUGGUAUACUUAACAUCUCACAUGUUGCUUAUGCUGACGAUCUCAUGCUCUUUCCUAGAGGGGAUUAUCCCUCUAUUAAAGUCCUUAUUAAUGCUUUGGAUGAGUUUGCGAAUGUUUUCGGCCUUAAAGUUAACUUUGACAAGUCUAACAUUUUUCUUGGUGGCUUGGCCGAUCAUGACCUUACUUAUAUUCUUCACAUGAUAGACUUUAAAGAGGGGACUUUCCCUGUGAGAUAUAUGAGCAUUCCUUUGGCCCCUCUUAAGAUUGUUGUGGCUCAAUAUGCUCCUUUGUUGGAUUCCAUUACCAACUUUAUCACUGCUUGAAAUACUAAAACUCUCUUUUAUGCUAGGAAAGUUGAGCUUAUCAAGUCGGUUAUUCAGGGUGUCCACUCUUUUUGGCUACUGAUAAGUCUGAUUUGUUCAUAUAUUUUCACUCACUUUUUAUAGCGUUUCUUGUUAAAGUCGGGGAAAAUUGAUACAUUUUUCUGCAUUUUUGUUGAAUUUUUAUUAAUGUUUGAAAUCAGUGUUGAAAUUUACAUUUUUGAGUGAUUUGUGUUUAAUUCAAGUGUUUGUAUUGAUUUUGUGUUUUUUUUCACUUAAUUGUACCUUUCUUAUUUUGUGAUUUUGAGUUUGAUAUCUUUUACUACAAUAAACCAACGAAUUAAUGAAAAAAACAAACAAAAAAAAAGAUAAAACAAACCAAAAAAAAAAAUGCAGCAAGGCUGCGUCACAAAAAAAGCAAGCAAAAUAAAAAGAAACGAAAAAAGGGGAGUACAAAAUAAUUGCAGCUCAGCUGCGAAAAAAGUCAAAACAAAAAGAAAAGGGAAAGAACCAGGGAGUUGCGGCACAUGGGCGGCCAAACGAGAAGGGACAUGAGCUCGAUCCAUCCAGUCGCAGCCAAGGAAAGAAAGAAGAUAAAAAAUCCUGGGAGAGCAGCUGGCCAAGAAAAGAAUACACACCCACAAUUUAGCUGCAGAGCCAAUUCACUCCCGCAAGACUCAGCGGCAGGAAGAAAAAAAAUGUAGAUCCAAAGGCGGUAGCAAGCAGCAGGAACCGUGCCAAGCAGUUACUCCAUGUUCAUUCAUCUUUCAAUCUUUGUUGUUAAGGUUUUGUGUUAAAUUUCCUCUUUAAUUUCAUGUUUGAAUAAGCUUUAAUUUUCGUUCUUGAAUUGUUUAUCAUUUGGAACUACUCUUAAGUUUGUUGUUGAACUGUUUUUAUGUUGAAUUUCUAUUCGAAUUAUUUCCAUGGAUUACUCUAGCUCUUUUAUUAAUUGUCUUUGUCUUAAAUUCUUGAUAAUUAUGUCAGGCUAAAUCUUCAUGGGGUUUGGAUUUGGAUAAAAUUAAGGUUAUGGGUGUUCUUGAAUAUUGAAUUGAAUUUAGGAGAAUUCUCUAAUUUUUAGACUAGUUGUUUGAGAUGAAAUUAAGGAGUAAUUUGUGAAAUUGAUCACUUCACUUGUGAAUUUUUGGAAGAUUAAUUCUUUCUUGUCUAUGAGUUUAGAAUUAAUUUUAGCUCACAUCUCACACACCCUAAACUAAGCCUAGAAAUAGGACAUGUUAGGGGAAUUAAAAUUAAAUUCGUGUCUAUGAGAAUUAAUGUCACUAUUCUUAGAUUAAAGAAAUUAUCCCAUUUUUGUUCAUAAUUUAAGACACCCAAGAUCCUUAAUUCCAAAUCUAGACCCCACUUUUAAUUAGUUAAUUAUUUGUUACUAGUCACAUUGAAUUUACCCUUUUAGCAUUUUAUUUUCAAAACUUUUUUUCAUCCACAUGUUCGCUAGUUUAAAUUAGUAUUUUAAUUUCUCUCAAUUUAUUUUGCAUGUUCACUAGUUUUAGUUUACUCAAUAAUGCCAUUUAAUUAAAUUCACAGUUAUUACUUUUAUUGUUUAUUUUUAUUUGGUUAAUCAUUAUCACAAUUUAAUCGUUUGAGAAAGCUUGCAACGACUCGUACUAACCGGUGACCGAUAUUUAAACCAACACUUCCCUCCGCCACUCCUCAGAGACACGAUACUCGGGGAUAAACUUUUCCAUCCGGAAGGGUUAAACUCCGUUUUACUACAACGCCGCGAAAGCGGUUAUCAGCUACAAGCACUUCCUAUUCCUAAGGCUGUACUUGAUAGAAUCACUUCUAUCUGUCGUAUCUUCCUUUGGGGUGCAAGUAUGCUAGAGUAGCUUGGGCUGAUGUUUGCCUCCCUAAAGAGGAAGGACUUGGUAUACAUGGUACCCAUGUUUGGAAUUCGCCCUCCUAGCUAAAACCCUUUGGGAUAUCCAAAUACAAAAAAGGAUAACCUUUGGGUUAGGUGGAUUCAUGGAGUCUACCUUAAGGGAAGAGGUGUUAGGGAGUUUACACCUCAUAAAAGAGACUCCCAACUGAUCAAGAAGAUUGCUCUGAUUAGAGAUCAAAUCUUGUCUCACUUUGACAACAACCAAGAGGCCAUUAACCAUCUUAAUGGUUUCCAGACCCAUGGCAAGCUUUCAUCGGCCAAGGUGUAUAAUCUUCUCAGAAUUAAGGGGGAACCUCACAUGUGGAUGUCUUUCAUUUGGAAGAACUAUAUCCCUCCUAAAUUCUCUUUCACGGUUUGGUUAGCUUUUCGUAACCGUCUUGCUACUUUUGAUAACCUGCAUAGAUUAGAUGUUGUUAAUGUAUGCCCUUUUUGUAAGGGUGGUGCGGAAACGGUACCACACCUAUUUUUUGCUUGUUCUUUUUCAGGAAAAGUCUGGGAUAAAGUGAAGACUUAGAUGGAAAUUCCUAGGGAGAUGGAGACCUUGCAUAGCUCAUUGAAAUAGAUCAAGAUGAAGAGACAAGACUUGGGGAUCAGAGCUAAGGCGGCUAGGAUUACGCUCUGCUACUCCAUCUACUGGAUUUGGAGGACCCAGAAUGCCACGUGUUUUGAUGGCCUUAUUCCUAAAGAAGAUGAUGUUUUUGUUAGGAUCCAAUAUAUUGUUUAUAAGAUCCUGUAUAGCCUCUAUCCCUAUGAACUUGUAAAGUUUUGAGUUGUUUGUGCUUGACCAUCACUUUCUUUGGUGUUUGGCCGUAGCUUUUGAGUACUGUUUUUGUUGGGGAAAGGUUAUCUAUGUUGGAUAACCUGCAUUUUUGCUUGUACAUUCUGAACCUUUGUUUUCUCGGAUGAUAUUUAUAAUAUACUUACAGUUCAUCCCAA